AUGCUUUGUUUGCUGUUACCGGCUUUAUUUGCAUUCGCUACGCAAUUGAAUACAAGUCAAUUGAACAAACCAUUCGCAUGGCGUCCAGCACUUUUACUCUAUCGUUCUACAUGUUUAAUUAUUAUUCAAAUUAUUUUUGCCGGCAUCAAUGUUUAUGGUUGGUCAUCAUCAGGUGUUAAUCAUGUACUCAUAUUCGAAAUCGACCCACGUCAUCAUUUAACUUAUCAACGUAUUCUUGAGAUCGGCACAUCUUUAUUGGUUCUUUGGUUUCUCAGUUUUAUCGGAUUCAUUCUCGCGUCGUAUUUUGACCGUUAUCCUUUCAUACAACCACUUAUAUUUGUUGCACUAUUGAUUCUCUUUGUUAUUAAUCCAAUACCAAUAUUUUAUCAUGAAGCACGUUACUGGUUCUUAAGAAAAUUGGCUCGAGUUUUCUCAUCUCCUUUUCAUCCUGUUGGUUUUACUGAUUUUUGGCUUGGCGAUCAACUUACAUCACUUGAAUUAGUCUUUUACGAUUUAGAAUCAUUCUUCUGUUUCUAUGGUUCGAAUCGUCCAUGGUGGUCAACAGAUUUGACAUCCCCAGUAUCAUAUCAGGGAAUAUUUUGCACAGGUUGGUCUGAAUUUCUCUUACAAACUGUCCUUCUGAUGUUACCGUCCUGGUUUCGUUUUGCACAAUGUGUACGACGAUAUCGUGAUACAAAACAUGCAUUUCCACAUUUAACCAAUGCAGGUAAAUAUGCUACUGGCUUCUUUGUUGUAAUUACUAAUUCACUACGACGUGCAACCACCGCAACGUAUGCUGACAAAAAAACAUCAAAUCCAUUUCUUUAUUUAUGGAUUCUUGCCGCGAUCAUUGGCUCUUCAUAUAAACUUACAUGGGAUCUCAAAAUGGAUUGGGGCUUUUUUGAUAAAAAAGCUGGUAAGAAUAAAUAUUUACGUGAACAACUUGUUUAUUCAUCAAAAACGUAUUAUUAUGCUGCUAUUGUGGAAAAUAUAUUAUUUCGAUUCGCUUGGACAAUCAAUAUAUUCAUCUAUUUUGAUAAUCGUUCAGCUGAAUAUGCUGAUUUGAUUGGGUUUUGUUUUGGUAUCGUGGAAAUAUUUCGGAGAUUUAUUUGGAAUUUUUUUCGACUAGAAAAUGAACAUUUGAAUAACUGUGGUCAAUUUCGUGCUGUACGUGAUAUUUCAAUUUCACCAAUGUCAACAGGAAUCGAUUAUCAUUUCAUUGACUAUAAACUUCGAAAACAACCGGGCAUUCGAGGUCGAAAUCGAAUAAUGCCGAGAGAAACGAUUGUUGAAGAAGACAACACGUCGAUGACAGAUAUUAGUACACGUGAUGAAAUGGACAAUGAUAUAAAACCAUUUGUAGAAGAUCUCAUUCCGAUACAUGAUACUCGAAUACUUAAUAAUGUUGAUGAAAUAAAUAAACAAGUACAAGAUAUCCAAUCAGCUGAUCUUCGUUCAUUAGUUCAUCAAGAUGGAUCUAAUUCGCCGAAUAAAGUAGUUGAAGUUUAA